AUGGAAGCAUCUAGGGCACACUCUGCUGGAGAAGAUCGAUACCCCCAAUCAGAGCUGAGACAGCUCGCCGUGGAGAAGAGCUUAUCCACCCUUGGUGAGCCGUGGUCCAGUGCGUUUGCGAAUCACCAGGGUUUAGAUGAUUCUGCAUCUCCAGUGGUCACGUCUGGCAGCACUAAUAGAGAUGAGGAACGGGUCGUCGCCGACAACAUCAGUCAUCCGGACUCCCGACCAGUGGACUUCCUCAAGCUUGUGAGCUUAUGGGCAGCCACGAACCGGCAGAAUGCGGCUGCCGAGGACUUCCGCGCUGAAGGGUUCACAUCAAUGAGAGCCUCCAAAACGCUGGGCCGCGGUCUGUCCUUCAGCGCUCAGCUUGUUCGCACCGACGAAGGAACGAGGCGGCGCUCGGGGCUCAGAUCAUGCUUUGUCGUCUACAAGAAGCUCAGAGGGCUGACAGACGCAUUGGACCCCGUCGAGCGAGGCGAAUUGCUUCGUGCAGUUCUUCUAGAAGUGCGUGUCCUGACACAUCCGCCCCUCAAAGCCCACAGCAACAUCGUGAACCUCAUUUGCCUCGCUUGGGAGCCUGAUCCUGAUCGCCAGGAUCAAGCGUGGCCUACUCUUGUGCUGGAGUACGCAGAGAACGGCACCCUGGCAGACUUUCAAAUUGAUUACCCCAACGUAUCCUUCGCACUGCGGAGGCAGCUGUGUCGAGAUGUGGGUUACGGCCUGCGUGCCCUGCAUGAUGCUGGCAUUGUGCAUGGCGAUCUGAAGUCGGAGAACGUCCUUGUGUGCGACAGUACCUGUGGGCAAGGGGUCAUCGCAAAGCUUGCAGACUUUGGCUGUGCCGUGAUUGACCUGGGCCCUGCGGAUACGGCGAGACUACCUGCGUACACUCAACCCUGGAAUGCACCAGAGAGCCAGAACCGGCUGGCACGGGAUGCUCUCAAGCUGACCGAUGUUUACAGCUUCGGGCUGCUUGUUUGGAGAGUUGUUCUGGAUGGUGUCAACCCGUUUCGGCAUAUCAGUUCGCUCGCUUCCCUUGAUAAAGACGAUUUUCAACGCCAAGCUGAGAUCCUCAAGAGGGAGGACUGUCUGCUUCCCGUGGCCAAAUCAACCCUCAGGAGCCCAUUCUGUAGCGCCGAAGAAUCUGACCUCAUCGUCAAGAUCUUGGAUUCGACUCUGCAACUGGAUGCUUCGAAGCGGCAAUUGGAUCGUGCUUUAGUGGUGCUGCUCGACCCAGGGUAUACUCUCCCUGUUCCGGCCACCCCUUUGAUGCCGAUUGAUUACAACGUUAUAGAUAUUGGGGUGCUCGAGGCGGAGGUCACUCCCCUGUGCCUUCAACUUUCCAUCAUCCGAGAACUAGAGGCCUUGGCAACCAAAUCAGAUAGCAUGAGCGUUCAUGCCUGCUCCAUGCUGUUUGAGAUAUAUGUCCACCGGUUGGAGUGGCCCGGCGCUGAAGACGAGGCGGCCAAGUGGUACGUCAAAGCAAUCGAGAGAGAUUCCAAUGCAACUAAUACGCGCCAUGUCUGCGGUGUGUUCGAGUUACUCAACCGACAUGCCCCUCCCGACAUUGACUUCAUUUCCAUCCUCAAGACAUCCGCUCGGAGGGGCUGUUAUCGUUCGUUGAUGGAACUUCAAAAGCGCUCACUUUCCGAGUACCACGCAACGGCGCAGGAAUAUCGCGAGCAUGGCGGGCUUCUGCGCCAUGAUGAGAAGCACCACAUCAGCGGUGUGUCGUCAUUUGGCUGUUUUGAGGAAUAUUUCGACAUCAUGACGGCGAAGCAUGCGGGAAGUACCUCGGAGCUGUUGAAGAUGACUGUCACGGGGAAUGGAGACCUCAUGCUCCACGUUGCUUCACGGUACGGAUGCUUCAGAGCCAUCGACCAGCUGGUCUCUUUGGGUGCUGCUGUCAACAGCGUCAAUCAUGACGGAGAAUCGACCCUUCUCCAGGCUUGCAGAGCCGGCAGUCUGGCGGCAGCCGAGCUUCUGCUGAGCAAAGACGCUGACCCGUCCAUAGCGGCAGAGACAGGGGAGACGCCAUUACACUGGUCCUUUGCAUUCGACGAACGGGAGGUCAGAAGGGCCACAGAGCUGCUCCUCCAGUGCGGCGCACACCCAUGUCUCUAUUCCUCGGUGUCUCCGGGACGGUCCUCAACAAAUGAAUACUUGAGCUUGUUUGGUACACCACUGCACUACGCUAUACUAGCCCGGAACGAGGUUGCAGCUGAAGCCUUGCUUGUUGCGGGCGCUGAUCCCUUCCUUGACUAUUUAUCAGAGCGUGCGGAUGAGGUCUGCUCGUAUACCCCGUUUCGACUGGCUAUCAAAGGGCUCCUGUCGAGCACUGUACGGAGGAUCUUGGGAUCACCGGCAUUGGCAUCGGACAUUGCCAAUUAUUUCAAGUCCACAAACGAAAGCAUUGUGCAUGGUUCGGGCCGCAUGUUACCCCCUGUGCGCGACUUUGACACCUUCAUGAUGAUGUUCCGUGCCUUGCCUCGUCUCCCUGUCUCCCGCCUCCGCUAUCUACUGGAACCACCCGAAGGCAUCGAGCCAGUGCCGCUCGAUGGUUACAUGUCGUUCCGGCGAAACUGCUUCCACGCUCUCGCUGCCCACCCUGUUCUGGGGGACCUGGAGCCUCUCGUCAACUUUCGAUACCUCGUCGAGCAGAGCAGAGUUCGGGGCCAACGUAAUCUUAUCAACCAACUAGAUACUAUUGAGCUUACACCACUUGUGUCCGCCGUCAUGAUGGGUCGCCUUGAUUUGAUCAGAGAGAUGCUCGCUGCGGGGGCGGAUCCAAAUCUCGGAGGCACCACAAGCGUCAACUAUGCACAUCUCUUUCUGAAACGUUUGCAAAAGGCCCCUUCGCAAACUUUCGCGGCCAUUGGCGGGCACACGCUUUCGCGUAGAGAGGCAAGAUGGCUCCAAGAUGACUACAAGUCCAUCAUCGACUUGUUGAAACAACACGGCGGGCGGGAAGAACGAGGACGUGACGGUGGGCUGAAGCUUCCCUACAUGUCCUUGACCAGGGGCUACCUAGGAGCUUACAAGGAGAAACAGGCCAGUGGUUUCAAAAUGGGGUACAAGCUCGGCCGAGAGUCAGCUGCGGAACAUGGGUUUGGGAAUACAAUGCGCGAGAUCUGGGGGGCUCUGAAGACAAAAAGAAGUGAGGGCACGACACCACUGCAAGACAUGAAGCUUGACCCUUGGGAAGACUUGAAGAGCACCUUUUCGAAUUCGCACAUGAGGGCCGUCGGCGAGCGACAGCCUAGGCGGUCAACCAAGGGGCGCAUCUCUUGUGCAACCAGCUCCUCGUUCACUCGUCCCACCAUCGACAACCGCCCGGCGGUUCGCUACCGGCGCGCGCUCCAGUACACUCUCACCCUUACCACCCUCCUACCGAGAAUCAAGAUACUCCGUAUCAAGGGCAAACCUAUUACUCAGGACCCCAACCAUCCAGCGUAA